ACAUUGCCAUGGGAUCUAUGGACGACAACCAGCGAAUUGGUGCAACCGCCUGAUUCUUCAAAAAGUCUUUCCCUGUGUAACCUGGUCAUGGAGGAAAUCCCAAACAGUGGGUCAUCAGAAGAUAUUAACAGAUCUCAGACUGAUCUAGGUUCACUCAACUGGGGCCUAGAUGUUAGCACACCCAGUGUCAGCCAGGAAAUUACUGCAGGCGGUUCUUUGCUUUUCCCUGUGGCAGAGCAAACCUCAAGCGAAUCCCCCGGUACUCUGCCUGCUAGUGUUUGGCCUGCUGUAGGUGAGCAGGAGGAUGCUGCACCAGGGUCAGCUUCUGUAAAUGAAAACCAGAGGACUUCACUGGAGAACCAGUUGGAUGCCAAAAAUGUCCCAUGGGAAGAUGUGGUGACCAAUCAGCCUUUAGAGAACAUAAUCAGUUUUGAGACACCGGUCCCAGGAACUGAGAGCUUGUUGGAUGAACCCCUACCAUGUGAUUCGCAAAAGGCAGAGGAAGAGAGGGCGGAAGACGAGGGGGCAGGUGUCAAGCCAAGUGAAAAGGUAGAGACCAAAGCUGUUAACUACAAGGAGGUAGAAAGUCCAGAGGAACUGGAAGAGCAAGGUUGCGAAACUGAAGGAAAGAGACUUCAUAAGGAUUUAGCAAAAUCAGAUCUUGAAAUUUUAGUCAGUACAGAGGUAGAAAAUUUACAGGAGUUGGAAGGUAAUGAUGGGGAUGCUGGGAGAGCUAGUGGUGCUAACCUGGAAAACCCUAGGGAAGAAGAAUUCGAAUGGGCCAGUGUCACUGAGGAGACAGAUGGAGAAGUACCAUUGUUGAGCACAGGGCUGGAAGGUGGGGACAAAAUAAUAGUGGGCAACUGUAAAACUAUAGAAAGCACUGGUGUUGAACCUGAGAGAGCUUUUAGUAUCUGGCAUCAGCACCAUGAAAGGACAUUUGAGAAUGACUUAGCCCAAACUGACAGUGGUACUGGAGAGAGUACAUCCAUGGAGUGUAUAAACACAACUGCACAUGUUGACGUAGAGGUAAAUGACCACACAGAAAAGGACUCUACAGAUACCGGAAACGUUGUGUGUGAUGCUGAAUUAUCCAAUGCAGAAGAGUCCAGUAAAGGAACUGAAGACAAUAGCGUCAGCUGCCUCCCGAAUGGUAGUGCUGCUGCUGAAGGUCAGGCUACUGCUGAAAAAGAGUGGCUCUUGCUGCCCAAGACAGCUGCUGCUGCUAGCACAAGCUGUGGUAAUCCUUGCCUAGAUAAUGCAGAAGACCAAGUGACAGGUAGGGCAGCAGCAGCAGUUGCUGAAGAGCAUCCUAGUAGCAGUGGUGUUCCUGAAGCCUUGGAAACAGACCCCUGGCUGGCAAACUGGGAUCCAACAGUUACUCAUGAUUCCUGGGGUUUUUCUAAUCCGUCAGAUGGCCAAGCUAAUGGACUGGAUAAUUGGCCCUUUUUCCCCAAGCAGCAAGACUCAGAGGAAGGUAACAUGGAAAAUGUUUGGUUAGGCAUUAGUGAUAAAUGGUCUACACAAGACCUAGGAGGGGCUGAUAACAGCUGGGCAGAAGUAGGUGCGAGUACAAGUCAGGAGGCACCAGUAAAAGAAGGCUUGCCUGGGGAGCAGGUGGGCUUUAGCAAUCCUGGACCAAGCAAGGAGGUAGCUAGACCCUUGGCUCUGUUUCAAAUGGGAAAUUCCAGAAAUACUAGCACCGAGAGUUCAACUAGUCCUAAAGACAAUGAGACCAACAACUCAGAUUUAUCUGAAGAUGAAAUUGCUAACCGGAGAUAUGGAUUGUUGUACCAGGAAAUUGAGGCUGAUAAAGAAGAGGCAUCCAGCACAGCAUUUAAUGGAUUUGCACAGGAGGGUCUUGCUGAAGGGGACAAACCUCAGGGAGAAGAAAAGGAGGCUGAUGUGUCUCAGGAAAAGGUCAGCAGCAUCCCUUCAGUAGUAAUAGAGCCAGCAUCAAACAAUGAGGGGGAGGGAGAAGAACAUGAAGUCAUCGUGAACGAGUCCAAAGAUGCCACGGCAGAGAUGGGCACUCAGGGCACUGACGCUUCUCCCAGUGAAACUUCCCAAGUUGGAAGUGAGCAGAAAGUCACUGAAGAAAUGCAGGCUGUGCCUCCUCAAGAUCAGCCUGUUCCAGCAGAAGAUGCAGCUUCUGCAAUGCCACCCGGCUUUCUCUUUAAGGUGGAAGUACUACAUGAUUUUGAGGCAGCCAACAGUGAUGAGCUUAAUUUAAAACGAGGAGAUAUUGUACUAGUGAUUCCUUCGGAGACCACAGCUGAUCAGGAGGCUGGCUGGUUGACAGGCAUUAAGGAAUCCGAGUGGCUUCAGUACAGAGAUGCAAAUAGUUAUAAAGGACUUUUCCCAGAGAACUUCACACGCCAUCUGGAAUAGUUCUCCACGCAGGCAGACGAACGUGGUACGAAGCUCAGUCAGUAGGUUUUUAACCUCUUUGAAACACAGGAGCCCACCUUUUUGUAGUUUAAGCUGUUAAUGGUUUACAGACUGGCGCCAGACAAAGCUUGUUGAAACAUAUCAAAAUGAGCAUGAAUGCAAACAGUUAAGCUAGCAAUUUCUGAAGCAGUACAUGAAAAAAAAAAUCAAGUAAAAAAGAAAUGUCCUUAUUUGUUCACACGUACGUGGCAACAGGUUUGUUUGUGCUUUGUCAGAGCUAUGGUGAUCCUGUAUUUGGUCCUUUCCCAUGAAAUCUGAAAUUAGCUUCCUCAAUACCAAAACCUUAACUUCUCUGCACUAAGUGUAUUGUAUUGAGUUGCACUGCAGAAGAUUUAAUUAGUUAUCCUGUAGUAAUGAGGUCAAACUAUUAUAAGUUUCACGUGUUUAAAAAAAUUAUUAUCUGCUGCAAUGUUUUUAAUGUUAUUUUUGGACAUGCAUAAUAUAUAUACAUACAAGAACUUAUAUGUAUAUAUAAGUGCAUAUGGAUAUAUAUGCAUUUUCACGACUUCAUCGUAGUUCUUUGGCUGUGUAGUAUCACCAGUACAUGCAUUGCUCUUUCACUGUCUGGCAUUACAGGAAACGGUUUUGUUCCAAAGCAAAACUAGCUGCUCCAUUGCCAAAACAUGAUACAGUAUCUGUGUUUGUAAUGUGAAAGUUUCAUUCUGAGAUGAUGAAUAACAUCAUGUUCAAAGCUGCUAAACCUUUGAGAAGGCAUGGCUCGAUCUCCUCUUCCAGCUGCAGUAGUUACAAUGAGAUAAUCUGGAGGGGGAGCUGUUAUGAUGCUAAUCUAUACUUUUUUUAUUUAAUUGGCUGAAUAAGUUUAAAUAAAGAAACAGAACUAAUCUCUGAGAAGAAAUAAACCAAUAUAUUUUCACUAUAUGUAUUGAUGCAGCGUACCUUCACAGAUCCUUUUAAAAUAAGAUGUAUAACGUAUCCUGUAUCAAAAAGUCAUCUGUAACUUAUGUUUUCCAGUGCUGUGUCAUUAAAAAUAAACCUUUGAUCCAAA